AUGGUGAUUCUUUUGGGUAGCUUUGAACAGUUGCUUUGUGUGGAGUUUAGGAUGGAUCUGGAAACUGAGAAUCGAAUAGCUUCAAUUCUAUUAAGAGAAGCAGCAGAAUUGAGAAGACAAGCUGAGAAAGAAGGCGUACGAGCAUAUCUUGAGAAGCCUAAUGUAAGGCAUCGACCUAACUCAAGAUUUCUCACAGCAACUGUUCUUGGUGUUCAACAAUAUGCUCUGUUUCUUGACCGUACAGCAAACAAAGCGGUAGAAACCAAUGAGAUGUGGAGAGUUCGGCAGAAAGAGAUUGAGCUAGAAGAUGAAAGGCUCAAAAGAAAAUCAAGAGAGGAAAGUAGCAGCAGUAGCCAAAUGGUACAUAGUGGUAGUUUCUCGAGAAGGAGUUUGGAUAAGAGAUGCAGUUCCGGUGAUGAGAAAAAGGUUACUCGUGCGUCAUCAUCAUCAUCAUGGGACAAAAGAUGGUACUCGGAAGAUGACAAAGGCUUAGGAGAUGAUGAGAUUGAGUCUUUUCUCCAAUCACGGAUCAAACGCGGAAGAGGCUCUAUCGGUCCUAGGAUGGAUGAAACAGGCCCUUAUCUUCCCUUCGAGAAGGUAGAUAAGUUGCAAAGUACUGAUACAGGAGAAUGGAAGGACAGUGAUGUUUCUUCUAGUCGUGAUGCGGAAUACAUAUGA